CGUAUUUCAUACUAGGAUAAAACUGUUCUUUAGAAGCGUAAACAAAAAAUAGUAUUUUAUUCGGAAGUAAAAGUGAUUUUAAAUAAACUAAAUAGUCAUAAAAACUAUCCGUUCUAUGGAUGCUGAACCGUCGUUUCGUGGUGAGAACCGCUGACCAGAAGCUUGCGUUUUCAGUUACCAUUGAACUUCGGGGUUUGGUAAAGUAAUGACUAAUAUCCUCAUUAAUUAGUUUCUUAAAGUAGCAUUUGUAUUCUUUAUAUAAAUUUCGAUGAAUUUCUUGAGAAUUCCUUCAGCAUUUCGCGGUGUUCGUUACACAAAUACACAUUCGUUUUUUUCGCAGUGUUUGAAGAGCAUACCUAGCAGAUUACAGAACAAACACCUUAAAUGCUAUCAUACAGUGCCCGAGAUACCUGAAAGGAACUUGACUCCACUGUUUAGCGAACAUGGAAUAAGGGUAGCUUGGGAUGAGCACCAGGGACAUGUCGUUAAGAGUUUGAAUGAUCGAGUAAAAGGGACCGAGCUGGAAGACCAUUCUAUUUUUAAUAUUGUCUUUCAAACAGCUGUGCUUCCAGAACAUGCAGCCACAUUCCAGUUUGCAAGUCAAGCCUACAACAAUCAUUUCUUUUUUGAGUCCUUGGUUAGUGCUGAAAAAGCAAAAGCAGAUCCCAAAGUUCAACUAGAAAAUAAUUCUAUUAUUCAGCAAGCUAUACGUGAAAAUUUUGAGUCUAAAGAAGCCUUGCUAUUGAAAAUAAAGGAACUCGCAUCUAAUACAUUUGGUGCUGCGUGGAUUUGGGUUGUCCUCGAUGACUACAACAGACUACAAGUGAUGCGGACAUUCCAGGCAGGAUCUCCUUUUUUGUGGAGUAGAUCGCAAUCGAAGGAUCCUCACCUCGUUCCCUCUGUACCUGAUCACAGUACGAGACCACGAAACUAUUCUCAUGUCCCAAUCAUCAACAUUUGUCUUUGGGACCAUGCUUAUUUUACAGACUUUGGUCUCUUUCAGCGCGAGCAGUAUAUUGAUACAUGGUUCCAAAGUAUUAAUUGGUCUGUGGUUGAAAAUCGACUCAAACAAUCUCUAGUCUAAAAUUCCGAGGCUUGAUUGUACAAAACAAAAUACACAUCUUUUGAUAAUAAGAAACUUACACUACGUUUCUAUAUACAUACACCAUAAGUGAUUGUAUUGAUAUAGCUGUAAAAACCCAAAUACUAAUAAACUCAAUAUUUAUAAAUAAAAACGAAAUGAAAC